AUGAACUUCCUUCUUGGUCUUGCUACUUUUGCCUCCGCAGUUCUAGCUGCUCCAAACUCUAUCAUUCACCCUGGCUGGGGUGAAGUUAUCAACGCUGGAAACCCGUUCAACAUCACCUGGACACCCUCAUCCGAGAUUGCUUCCGUCAAUCUCGUUCUCCGUGAGGGUGGCAAGGAUGGUGCCGACAACCUCACUACUUUGUACACUAUUGCCUCCGGUGUUACCAAUAACGGCAAUUACGAGUGGAGUGUACCGGGCAAGACCACCACCAACACCGACUACUCUAUUAUGAUUGUCGACAGCGCCGACCCCGAUAACCAGAGCACCACCAACUACUCUCCUUACUUUACUGUUCUGAUUGAGGGAGCCGGUUGGACCAAGUCCAGCUCCGGCACUGCUGCUCCGUCUGGUUCGUCUGCUGCUUCCGGCUCUGCUUCGGCCUCGGCCUCCGAUCCAGCUUCGGCCUCUGGCUCAGCCUCAGAUUCGGCGUCCGGUUCUGCCAGUGGUUCUGGCCUUGCCUCGGACUCCGCUUCCGGUUCAGCCAGUGGCUCUAGUCUCGCCUCCAAUUCAACUUCUGUUACUUCUUCAGGAGCCUCUUCAGGAGCUGUUUCUAGUGCUGUUUCGAGUGCUGCCUCCGGCUCCGGCGCCACUUCUGGCUCUAAGGCUACUUCCAAGGCUACCUCUGCCGCUGGUUCUGGCUCUGCUUCCGGCUCUGCUUCCGCCAGCUCUUCCAAGAGCUCUUCGAAGAGCUCCUCAGACAGCUCGGCCGCUGGCUCCAACGGUGCUGUUACUAAAGGCUUCUCUGUCGCUGCUGCUUUUGCCGGCCUCAUUGCCUAUCUCAUUUAA